CAGCUCUCAGCCAGCGGGUACCCAGCGCCUGGCUUCAUCCUACCUGCUUCCAGUCUCUCUAAACUGCCUCCAGUAGUGGGAGCCCCGCACUGAGUGAGCAGUACAGACCAGGACCGUGUUUGGCAAAACGCGCUCUACUCAGAGCGUCAGAGGGGUCCAAGAGCCAGUGACGCCGGGCGACAGGUGCACACAGAUCCCGAAGGCUGAGCCAGACCUGGGAACGCGCGGUUCCACCGCUACUACUUCGUUUGCCACUGGGAACAAGAGCCUCGCAGGUGCCACCUUUCCUCGACCUCCAGCUGCAGCCGCCCCGCGAUGGAGUCACCGGUCCAGAUCUUCCGUGGGGAGCCAGGCCCCACCUGCGCCCCCAGCGCCUGCCUGCUCCCCAACAGCAGCGCUUGGUUCCCCGGCUGGGCCGAGUCAGGCAACGGCAGCGCCGGCUCCGAGGAAGCUCAGCUGGAGCCCGCGCACAUCUCCCCCGCCAUCCCUGUCAUCAUCACCGCGGUCUACUCGGUGGUGUUCGUCGUGGGCUUGGUGGGCAACUCGCUGGUAAUGUUCGUGAUCAUCCGAUACACAAAGAUGAAGACAGCGACCAACAUCUAUAUAUUUAACCUGGCUUUGGCAGAUGCUUUAGUUACUACCACCAUGCCCUUCCAGAGCACUGUCUAUCUCAUGAAUUCCUGGCCGUUUGGGGAUGUGCUGUGCAAGAUAGUCAUUUCCAUUGACUACUACAACAUGUUUACCAGCAUAUUCACUCUGACCAUGAUGAGUGUGGACCGCUACAUAGCUGUGUGCCACCCUGUGAAGGCUUUGGAUUUCCGCACACCCUUGAAGGCAAAGAUCAUCAAUAUCUGUAUUUGGCUCCUGUCAUCUUCUGUUGGCAUAUCUGCAAUAGUCCUUGGAGGUACCAAAGUCAGGGAAGAUGUGGAUGUCAUCGAGUGCUCCUUGCAGUUCCCAGAUGAUGACUACUCCUGGUGGGACCUCUUCAUGAAGAUCUGCGUUUUCGUCUUUGCCUUUGUGAUCCCCGUCCUCAUAAUCAUUGUCUGCUACACCCUGAUGAUUCUGCGCCUGAAGAGUGUCCGACUCCUUUCCGGCUCCCGAGAGAAAGACCGUAACCUGCGCAGGAUCACCAGGCUUGUCCUGGUAGUGGUGGCGGUCUUCAUCAUCUGUUGGACCCCCAUUCACAUUUUCAUCCUUGUGGAGGCUCUGGGUAGCACAUCCCACAGCACAGCCGCCCUCUCCAGCUAUUACUUUUGCAUUGCCUUGGGUUACACCAACAGCAGCCUGAACCCCAUCCUCUAUGCCUUUCUUGAUGAAAACUUCAAGAGGUGCUUUAGAGACUUCUGCUUUCCCAUCAAGAUGAGGAUGGAACGUCAGAGCACGAGCAGAGUCAGGAAUACAGUCCAGGAUCCCACUUACAUGAGGGAUGUGGAGGGGAUGAAUAAGCCAGUAUGACUAGUCGUGGAGAUGUCUUCCUAUGGUUCUCCAGGAAGAGAAGAGUUCAAUGAUCUAGGAUUUACCCAGAUUACGACUGCAGUCUGAGAGGAGAAGAUGGGUGUUUUUUUUUUUUUUUUAUAAACAUUUAGAAAUUUCAUGGUCUGAAGAUGCAGGCUGCAUGAGAAACCCAGUCAGUGGAAAUAUCCAAGGCUGUAGGGAUGGAGGAUGAAGGGUCCGAGGCACAAAUGCAACUCUUCUCUACAGCAGGCAAGCAAGGCUGAUUCCCAGUUCCUUUGAUGAACAAAGAAAUAGGACUUUUUCUUCUGGUUUCCUAAAUUUAGUUCAAUCCCCAUUUGCUGUGGCCUUUCUAUGCAAUGUGGCUUCAAAGCUCUAUUUAGGAAAAAAUAAAUAAAAAGAAAAAAAUUACCCAAAACAUUAGUUUCAGAACUGAGUAGCAUCCAAUUCAGAUGUUCAACAUGGACAGCAACAAUCUAAAAAAAGAAUGAGAACCAUUUUCAGUGCCUAGCUAACUUUCUGCUGGGUAGACCCAUAUUCAUGUGGCUCUAUGGAAAAAAUUCCACCAAAGUAGGAAUUGGACCCACAAAUGAGGCAUUUGAUAAUCACAUAUGACAGAACAUUGUCUUGACAUUUAAGAACUUAUUUAAACAUGCAAAAUGUGGUUUUAUGUUAACAUAGACUAAUAUCUUGAAAACUACAGUUGCUAACUUUUAUUUUAGCAUGCUAUUCAGAUAAAUAAUAUUCUGAUAAAGCAUGCAUUGAUAUAAAAAACAUAAAGUGGUUUAAAUGCCACCAGAAGUGUAUAUGAUUUCAUCUGUAAAUAAUAGUCUAUGUGGAAACAAGAAAUGGGCUUCCUUUUCAGCCAGGACAUUUCCCAGGAGCACACUAAUGAUAUCCCUUGCAUUAUUAAGAGUUGAUACUGACACAUUUUGCUGCAACAUAAACUAGUCUCUGGAAGUCAAUCAUGAGGGAUUACUUUCAGACUCCUGAACACCAUUUAGUCCUUUAGUCAUGCUCGUAACACGUGUUAACAAAUUCCCCAAACUUUAACUCAUUCCCAGGUUGUAACCUUGGCAGGAUCUAUUGUAUUUGUGGAAUCUCUUUGUGGAUAUAUAGGUAUCACCAGAUUCUCUCUAUUCAUGGAAGGUAAGGUGUUUUGAUUAUGUACAUCUCAAGGUAUUAUUUGUGGCUUUCAGCAGGGAGUAAAAUUGUUCCUAAAUGUGUGCUGAACAGGGACAUUAUGUCACUCAGGGUUCCUGGACAUAAGUUGCAGGGUGUUCUGUGAAGGGCAUGCCUGCUGAGGAUAAUGCCAUAAGCAGUGUAUUUAGGAUAAUUUUGCUAAAACUUCCAAAUGACAUAUAAAUUCUCUCUUUCCCCCUGAAACUUAUGGUUUCAGAGGUAAUGGCUUUUUCUGUAAUUUGCCUGGAGAGAAGAAAGGGAUAAUUUAGAAAUGACACCCAUCUCGAAACCUGUAUCUUAUCAGGGCAGCACCUUUUGGAAUUUACUAGGAGAAUUUAAUGUGUCGCCCUGUAUAACUGUAGGUUAUUACUACAUCUCGAGUUUUGUUCACUGUAUGCUUUCUCUCAAGCAUAUAUUCCCCUUCCAUCUGGAAACAAACCCUUGCACUAAAGGUUUUACCUGCGGCUUCAUAGUUGUACAUUGAUCAUGUUUGUGUCCAUUCUAGAUCUGAGCACCGAUGGUGUAAGGCAACGUGGAAGAUAUUUUUCCUAAUGAAAAUGAAGAGAGCUUUUGAACAUUUCUUAAAUUUUAAUGAAAAUUCCUAGGUGCUCCUGUAACCUUGUAACUGGAUGUAGAUGAUUAAAUAUUGAUUGAUGUGAACACAGUAUUUAAAAAUCCUGGCUACUAUACAAGCAGGAUGUCUAUAGAGAGAGGAGUUCCAGGAACAAACUCUACUGAAAGAAGAAACAGAAAGACCUUUUUUAUGAAACAGCUAAACCCAGUAGAUUUUCUUGGUGGGUUCCCUCCCAGAACGAAAAUAUAAAAGAGAUAUAAUUUGGGGAUGAAAUUAUGGUAAAGUUCUCUUUAAAUUAGCAUACCACAUGCUCCUCAAGCGUUCAUUGUCAUUACUGAAGUUGGAAUCUUUCUCUGAUAACCCUGCAUCUCAUCAUGUGUAAGUUGCAGCCCAAGGAGGAAGAUAAGUAGCUUCUGGAUUAUUGUUAACACUGACUUCCUCAAACUGAAGGAAGAGAAGGAAGAUGCAAAUGUCAUUUUAGGGUACUGCUUUAAAGGAAUGAUAAAGUGAAUUACAUAGGGUAGGAAAAGUACCCCUUCUAUAAAUGUGUUUCUUUGUCCAAAGCAUGUCUGUUUGCAUGUAUGUGUGAGUGUCAGUGUGUGGGCUGCUGUGAAGAGCGAUCGUACUGCCAUCCUUUCAUCUUUCCAGACAAAGCAUUUGUCCAAACCUCACUGCCUCUCAGAUAUCUCCUGAUGUUCCUGUUCUCCCACCUCAGCAAGAAGGGCACUGCCUGCUGUGUCUCUGACCUUGAGAUUGACUGUCUGUGUGAACUCUUUCUUCCUGUGCUUAUAACAACUUUGGGAAGACAGGAUGUAGUGAGGGGUCAGAGAAAAUGCAGAGAGAUGAACCAGCCAUGCAGGAGUCAGCAGUGAGGAGGAAACUCACAACUCUAACUGGGACGAAAGUGGAAAACACUCUUAGUGCCCUGGUCUGCUUAUGAACCUAGGAUCAUCCCCUAUGCAAAGAGUUUAGGGUCAGGGCUUACCACUAAAAAAGAAGUGCAGUUUGAAAAUACAUUUUGGGAAGAAAUCAAGAAAUUUUCACAGACAACUUAAGAAAACUGGUUCCAUUCUGUGAUAUAUUACUGAGAAAUAAACUUUUAUUAACUUGCAUCAGACCAUUUAUAGAUGUUUCAUCUACUACUAGGACACAGAUGAAUAACUGGAAUAAAAGUAACACAUUGACUGGUUUUAAAUGAGAGCAUUGUAAGGAAAAUUGUGGCAAGGUUUUAUGUCCGCUCAAAGAGAUUUCUUUUCUAAGCAAGAGUUGUUUGGAUGAUUCAGCAUAAAUAGGAAAAUCCCAUCCAAAAAGAGCAUAAAUUACUUGUGCCAAGAUGAUUUUCUUCUCUGAAAGAAAAGUAUAUUCAUAUAUUCAUUACUAUAUUGUAUAUUAUUUAUAUCUAAUACUUUUAGAAAGUGGUAAUUAUGCAUUGUAUAUAUGACUGUGUGCCUUGCAAUAAAACCAAAAUCAUACCUGCUAAAAAUCACAAUAGUCUAUUACUUAAUAAAUCACUUAUUCUUCAGUGACUUCAGUGACACUGUACAUCAUCAAGAACAAUGUUGUGUUUCUCAAAACUAUAAGUGUUGUGUUAACUUUCCAUUCACAACAACACUGUGGGUGAUUAAUGGAAUGGAACAAAAUAUGUAAUAUUCUAAACUAUUAAAAUAAAUUCCCAGACCUGAGCUGGGGUUGUGGCUCAGUGGCUUGCCUAGCACGCAUGAGGCACUGGGUUCGGUCCUCAGCACCACAUUAAAAUAAAUAAGUCAAAUAAAAGUAUUGUGCCCAUCUACAAAUAAAAAACAAAUGUUUUUUAAAAAAUUCCCAAACCUAUGGAAUCACUUAGGAAAUUCACUUCUCAUAGUAACACUGUCAGGAUACAAGAACUGAUGUUAAAUACUGACCUCCCAAUGAAAAUCAGCUUUUUCAGCGUGAAAACCAUGCAAACUUCAAAAUUAAGCUGUCUUACCAAAAUCAAACUCAACCUACAAACACAUUUAGCCGUCUGUCCUGGGGUUGAUAUAACCACACCAUUGCCAUGAAUGUUUUUAAACCUCAUGGUAUUUGUACAGAUGAACAAAGAACAAUUUUUAAAAUCAGUGUCUUGACAAAAGAAAGAUUUUUUAAGUGGAAGCACAAACUUAGGGAAGUAAAAAGGGGCCCAUCUUGCCAAGUGGGAAGAACAUACUAGCAGAUAGGUUCUCAUUUUAAAACAACAAAUCUCUUAUAUUGUUUAUCAUUGAUCCAUACAAUAUCAUAAGUAAUUGGAGUGCAAGUGUCUCAUGGGAUUCUACCUCCAAUAUUUGGAGGAGACUUUGGUCUAUUUAAAAAAAUAGUGACAAAAAUAAAUUGGAAAUAUAUCAGGAUAUGAAGACAUAAAUAGUUUUUCAUUUGAAAUAAGAUCUCUUUUGCUGGAUACUGAAUCUUUGGGUAUAUAAAUGAUUGUGUAUGUUGAAUGUGACUAGAAACUUAUUUUCUAUGGAAAUUGUUAAUAUAUUUGUAGAGAAAACUCAAUAUGCAACAAGUUUCAGGUAUUAUGAUCACUUCCUGGACUAUUUUGCAGGACUCUACAUUCUUUCUGAUGUUCUCUGAGUUUGGGGAGACUAGUGUUGACAAAGAAAUGAACAUUAUAAUUGAAAUGUUUUCAACAACUGGUGCUGGAGAGAAUAUUAUCAUAUGUAUACUAGAAACUGAUAGAUUCUGUAUAAACAGAGAUAAGCGAACCACAUACUCUUUUGAUGUUUGCAUUCUAAAGAAAACAAGAGAUUGAGCCAGUAAAUGCAGCAAACUGCAAAAGGGGAACAAAUCAGUAGAAUGUAAUCAUUUCUAGAAGGUAUGCUAUUCAUCUGCAUAGGUAUAUUUUUUUUAAAUCACCUUGCUUAUAACUUUAUAUUAUAUUUGGAAUUACCACAAAAGUUAAAAUAGCAGUUAUCUCAAUAUUUGAAGAUAGUUAAUUAUUAUUAUUUUCAAUUAGCCUCACUGGAAAAAACACUAGAUUCAACUAGUUCUACUUUCUUACAAUUCUAAAAUGGCAUGCGCCUGAAUUCCUUGCAGGGGGCUUCAUAUAGUCAUCUGACACAGUGUAGACACAUGCAGUUUGGUGGGUAGUGAGGACAUAACUCAUUUUUAUUGUCAUAUAUCCUUCCCAUCAAUUAAUGUGAAACAAAAUUUGGACAUCAAUGUGUCCAAAGAGAGCCUGACAAAUCACAGGUCUUUAUUCUUCCUGCAUAAUGAGAAGCCUAAUCCAAGGACUUUGUUUUCUUCUCCAAACCUAAGUUAUUCAUGGAUUGUCUCAUCACCAUUGAUUGGUCCCCUCUGGAAGUGAGAAUUUGUAUUGGAAGGGGAAGAACUGGCUUUGUUACUCUUUCAACCAAGGAGAUAGCACAUCUGGUAUCGGGGCUCAUCUGUGCUAUAGCUCAGGUACCUGAAAACCUCAGAUGAUGGAAAUAAAUGGAUUUAAUGCUCAAAUGAGGAUAUGAGGGCUCUCUUUCUCGCUUGAUUUAUUUGUUUUGUUGUCUUCUCUGUUGCUUCAUGUUUAGGCCAUCUCUCUCAGUGUGGUACUGACAGCUCCAGGCUCACAUGGAUCAUAAAGCUCAUAAUAACUUAGAAACACAGUUAUCAUAUUUCUCUCUAGAACUCAUCUAUCCAAGGAAGUAGAUUCUAACUAUCCAAUUCCUGAAUCAAUUGUUAUUGCUGGGAGAUGCAGCACUCCAUUUGGCCAGGAGUAGGUUAUAUGUGCCUGUGUGUAUUAGCAGGGAGGAAUCGGGAAUGGUUCGUUUUCUUUGUGCUUCAUACCAUGGAUUUUCAUUGGAAGGAAAGAUUCUAUUCCUAAAAAAAAGAAAAGUAUACUGGAAAGAGAAACACAAUCAUUAUAUAUCACAGUAUUCAUCAAACCAAAGUUUUUUCAUUUUCUCAGUGUCUCUACAGGAAGGAAGGAGAAGAAUCUGGUGGGAAUAGAAAAAUAGGGAAAGCAACUUUGAAAGGAAUGUACAUGUAAAAAGUAAUUGCAGGUGGAAGUGGAGGCGGAGAGUGAGCAGAGGUGUGGGAUGAGCGAAUGAGAACAGCAGUAUUGUUAGCAUAGGCUGCCAUAGAAUAGGGGCACAUUGAGUUCUGACAGCCCAUGCUACUUCCCUUCUGUUCUGGAAACUGGGGUCCAAAUUCAUGCCAAGAAGAAAACCUACACCUAAUAUAUUAAUAUUCUCAAGUAUUAAUUCUAAAUAACAAUUGAAAUCCAAAUUUGCAUGUGUUGUGUUAAUAAAAAUGAAUAGCAUAUCAUUAAAAUCAGUAAGUAAAAUUUAACAUGUAAGCCACAGGGUAUAUAACCCUUUUGAAGAGUUUUGACACUGACAAUAUUUUAUAAAUAGUACAUGGCAGUAGCUGUUAAAAAUAAAUGAAUAUUUGUAGUUGUUAGAAGUAAAAAAAAAAAGCCUCUAAAAAUAUCACUGCUAACACAAACCACUCUUUGGAACAAUUGAUUACCUCUUCUAACUAAAUUAGUGCUUUUUCUAAGCCUUCUAUAAAGACAGGCUCUUAAAGACAUGGGACUUUGUCAUAUGGGGGAUAUCUGUCCCAAAGUUAAUCUUAUGAACAUCAAGUCUAAAUUAGGUACCACUUUGAGGGACAUAAACCCAGCUAUAUAGUUGACAUGGCUGACAUGGAGAAAGCAUCCCAGUUCAGGGACAGUAAGGAGAAACAUACUUAGUUCCCAUAAAAAGAAGAGGGUUUUGCCGUCCACUUUGUAGCCACACAGAGAUGCAACCUAUGCCAGCCAGAGCCCACUUCAGUUAGAAUGUUUGUACUCUGUGAGGUAAAAUGGGGAGAACACCAAUAAAAACUGACUAUGUCAGGCUGGGUUUGUGGCUCAAGUGGUAGAGCACUCGUUUAGCAGGUGUGAGGCACUGGAUUCAAACUCAGCAUCACAUAAAAAUGAAAUACAGAUAUUGUGUCCACCUAAAACUAAAAAAUAAAUAUUAAAAAACCUGAUUACGUUAUUAGUUUUUAGUGUUUUUUUUUCCCCUAACUAUAAGGUUCUUUUCCACAGCCUGUUUUCAUUUUGGAGUUCCGCUGUGAUGAACACACUAUAACACCAUGAACUUCUCAAAGUGCUUUGCCAGCUGUGCUUUCUUCAUUCUGUGAGGCAUUUCCCCUCCCAAAUUUGUUUUCAAAUAGAAAAAAAAAGAAUAGAUCACAGCUUUUCUCUUUUUUUGUCGUUUUUGUUUUUUGGGAUAUCGGGUAUUGAACUCAGGGACACUCAACCACUGAGCCACAUCCCCAGCCCUAUUUUGUAUUUUAUUUAGAGACAGGGUCAAACUGAAUUGUUUAGUGCCUUGCUUUUUGCUGAGGCUGGCUUUGAACUCAUGAUCCUCCUGUCUCAGCUUCCUAAGCUGGGUUUAUAUGUGUGCACCCUGUGCCCGGCUCUUUUUUCCUUCCUUCCUUCCUUCCUUCCUUCCUUCCUUCCUUUCUUUCGUUCUUUCUUCUUCUUCUUUUUUUAACGGUUGUUGUAGUUUGUAUUUUAAAUGUCCCCCAAAGGCUCAUAUGCCAAAGGCUUGGUCUCCAGCCUGUGGAAUUUGU